ACUUUCUGCCCAUGUUGGGAAUCGAAUCAUAUGAUUGUCUAUAUCUCAUGUACAAUAAAAAAAAAUCAAAAAAAUCUAGAUAAUUUCCGCCAGACACAAAUUCACGCACAAAAUGUGUUUUGUUCACACAAAAUCAUUAGGCAACAAUGAUUAUUAUGAGAAUGAGUUUUGUGUAUAAUGGAAAUAUACAAAUAUCCCUACCAAAAGUGGACUGGUAUAGAUCAAUAUUAUGUAUCGACAAAUAGAACGUUUCUCUGAAGGCCGUGCUUAUGGUAUAGAAAGUGAAUGUAAACGAACGACAUUUUCCAUGUUACAUUGUGUAGAACUAACUUUAUCUACGUGUACCUACGACGGUGCAUAUAAUUGUGUAUGUACCACACGUUAUAACAAAGAACAAAUAUAUGGAUACGCUGCAACAAGUUUUAGAAUUCAACACUUAUUGGCAAAAUAUUUAUUUCCGCGAGACAACAAAUCAGGCACAAACCUUGUUUCCACAAACUCCCUAGGCAACAAUGAGUGUUAGCUAUGGGCGCCAUUUUACUAUUUCCUCCCUACAUAUUAAUAUCACUUAAUGACUUUAGAUACUAGUAUCAAUAAAUCGAAUAUCGAAUCCGCCUCGAAGGUCGUUUGGACAAUGAAUAAGCAUGAAUUUCGCAAACGAGUCCCGUUUCAUGAGCCGAUUAUGCGGCACAGAUAAAACACGGAAACAGGUUUGUGGAAAAUGGGGCGAAGCGUUUUGUGUUUUGGCAAUUUUCGUUUACUGAUUGCGUUAGUUUGUUUUCUCGAUAUUUGUCUUCUCAGUAACUACGGGCCUAUAUAAUUUUGGUCCGUGCAGGAACAAACGGGAACCAGUCAAUGUGGAGUGUUGGCCAGAAGCUGGGUUCCAUCUCUUCAUUCAGUAAGUUGAAACAGCCUGGUUCCCCGGGUAUGCCGCGCUGGCGCUACAUAGUGUAAGCUGGGCCCCGUCUCUUAUAUCAGACUUUAUUGGCAUAGUCUAGCGCCAGCGUAGCAUACCAAGGGAACCAGGCUGUAUCUGUAAUAACAACCAAUGGAAUUAACUAUUACUAUACACUGCGGGACGAAGCUAUUAAUAGUUUUGGUAUUCCCGUUUUUCAGUUUUCUUUAAGAACAGCGAGCAAAAAGCCAGUUUAGAAACAUGAACUCACGAAAUAACUUUAAAUGGCAGUAAGAGAAGGACAAUUGAUAUGAUGGGAUCAUAUUUAGGACGGGACGGGAACUUCUUGUUGCUGUAUAUCGAGCAAGAUUCUGAAAGUGAAAGCGAAAGUAGGAUUCGCUCUACCGCGCACUGCAACGGAAGUACAGCUAGAUGUGUCAACCAGGAUGCUGUUUCAAGUACCAGUCUACCACUUCUCAACAUGCUGAAGGCUUGCAACGUAUUCCGCGACGUAGUGUUCCAUAGUGCAUGGCGAUGUGAAGAGAACUGUGAUGGCCAGUACAGAUGAAGACUGUGGACACCAUCUGGUAAUGGCAACUUCUGGUGAGCAGUCUAAAGGUCACAUGGCUACUUCUGGUGAGCAGUGUGAAGGUCAAAUGGCAACUUCUGGUGAGCAGUCUGAAGGUCACAUGGACACUUCUGAGCCUCAAGGACAUUUGGCUAUUUCUGAUGUUGACAUGGCAAGUUCAGCUGGGGAAAUCUUCACAACAGAGGAUGACUCUGGAAACAGCGUGGUCAGUUCAGACGAGGAACCUGGAGGUCACCUGGUAUUGGCUGGUUCAGCUGAGACCGAGGAGGACCUUGAGCUAGUGAGCCAGCCACCAGUGAAAAGAUUAAGAACAGGUGACCAUCCUUCAGGUGGCUUCCAGGUGGCGAACACUCUGAACAUCAUCACUGGACAGGCCGGACAAGGAACACUUGGGAGAGGUACCCUUGAUUUGCGCACAGACGAAGCGAAGAAGAUUUUUCUUCCAACUGAACCCUACAAAGACGUGAAACGAAAAUUGAAGGAAUUUGGACAUGUGACCAUCUGCGGGGCUUCGGGAGAAGGCAAGACAACGAUGGCUCUGGUGUUAGGUUCACAGUACAGAGACAAAGGCUACGAGGUCGUGUUUGUGGACAACAUUGAGAAGUUUGACUUAGACCACUGUCUUAGUAGCCACCCCAGAGUAUUUCUCAUUGUAGAUGACAUGUUUGGUACUGUUGGAUUAUCUGCGAAUACAUCACAGGUGAAAUCCUUUCUAAACAACCUUCUCCUUCAUUUAGAACAAAAGCGGAGUGCAGAGAAGCUGCAGUCAGGAAUGCAUGAAAGCAGUGAUGCUGUUGGUAAAUCCAGAAAGAAAGUGCAGAGUCAACCAGAAUUUCAAACAAAGGAUAUUCGUGUUGUCUUCACAUCAAAGUCAUACAACUUCCAUGAUGGACUUGCAAAACUGCAGUACGAGGGUUUCAAACUGUUCAAAGGUCAAACUGUAAUGGAUUUAACCACACAAGAUAAAUACUGGCUUUCUGACAAAGAGAAAAAGACAAUAUUUGAACAACAUAGGAAAGCUCUCGAUGACUGCUCCAUGCAACAUAUACCUGAUUACAGUGAACUGGAAAUCUGUUCAAAUAUCUUUGGAUUCCCUCUUAUUUGUAAACUUUGUUUUGAAUUUUCAUCUUUCUACAAAAGUGCAAAAUCAUUUUUCAAGGAACCACUGUUUUAUCUCAGGUUAGAGCUAAAGCAUUUGCUUGAAGAGAGAAAUGACCGAUCAGCCAUUCUUGUUCUGAUGCUACUGUGUGAAGACAACUUGGACCUGACCAAGUUAGACAGUGUAGGUGAGGAUAAGGAAAUGGACAGCCUGGUCAAAACUGUUUUGCAGAUGAUGUCUAAAGCUACACGUUCGGGCAUGUACAAAUCAGCUAAAGGUUUGAGAGGUACAUUCUUCACAAGAGGAGACACUGUUGGCUUUGCUCAUUCUUCAAUCUAUGAUGCUUGUGUCUGUGCCUUGUAUAAUAUCAGUCCAAUCUUUGUCUUGAAGCACUGCAGUGAUGACUUUCUGUUUGAAAGGGUACAAGGUGACAAGGUUGAAGAAACCAAAGUUGAUGAUCAUCUCCAUUUGAUAUAUGUCUCAGAGAAUUAUGAUGACCUACUUACCACAAGGUUUACACAGUCUAUUAAACAAGGACAGUUUUCAAAAUCAGUGACACAUCCAAUUCUCAAACAAGACGCCACAGUUUUCAAGCUGCUCAACAAACUUCAGUGUGAUCGGACAAAACAUCUUUGGUUUCACAAGAAAGAGAAAGGACAAUGUUUUCUGUACUGGGCAGUUCUUGGACAUAAUGCACGUCUAAUUACAGGUAUAGAACACACAACUGGAGAAGAGUUCACUCAAGGAGAAAUCAGUGAGGCCAUGGAAGGAUGUGCACAAAGCAACAAUGUGACAGCAUUGAAAUGGCUGUUCAGCAGGAGUGAGAAACAUGACCAUCAGUUGACACUGAACAGACUUUUGUUGGUAGCUGCUGAAAGUGGCAGCUCUGACAUACUAGUGUAUCUGCUGCAGGAAGGCGCUGAUAUUAACACAAGUGACAAAAACAUGCAAACCAUCUUCCAUCUUGUCUGUAAAUCAGGAAUGGAAAAAACCCUGAAAGUCCUGUUAACCAGGAAACCUGGGAAUAAUGUUAUAAACUCUGUUGAUGUGAAUGGCAGGACCCCUGUCAUGGUUGCAGCACACACAGGAUCAGAGGGAUGUUUUAAGUUACUGCAGACAACAUCAAAUUUGAAUGUGAAAGAUAAACAUGGCAGCGGAAUUAUUCAUCUUGCCUGUGGUGGUGGGAAAACUGCUAUAGUACAACAUGUCAUGUCUCCAUCUAAUAUAAAUAGUAGAGGCAGACAUGGAUGGACAGCAGCAAUGCAGGCAGCUGUCAAUGGACAUCAAAGUGUGUUUGACCUCCUUGUGUCCAACCAAGCUGACCUCACACUGGUGGAUACAGAUGGUGACAGUUUACUUCAUCUUGCCUGUCGUGGUGGGAACACUGCUAUAGUACAACAUGUCCUGUCUCCAUCUAACAUCAACAGUAGAGGCACACAUGGAUGGACAGCAGUGAUGCAGGCAGCUGUCACUGGACAUCAAAGUGUGUUUGACCUCCUUGUGUCCAACCAAGCUGACCUCACACUGGUGGAUACAGAUGGUGAUAGAUUACUUCAUCUUGCCAGUCAGGGUGGGAACACUGCUAUUGUAAAACAUGUCCUGACAACUUCUAACAUCAACAGUAGAGGGGAGUAUGGAUGGACAGCAGCAAUGAAUGCAGCUGACUAUGGACAUCAAAGUGUGUUUGACCUCCUAGUGUCCAACCAAGCUGACCUCACACUGGUGGAUACAGAUGGUAAUAGUUUACUUCAUCUUGCCUGUCAGGGUGGGAACACUGCUAUAGUACAACAUGUCCUGUCUCCAUCUAACAUCAACAGCAGAGGGAUGCAUGGACAUACACCAGUAAUGAUGGCAGCUGUCAGUGGACAUCAAAGUGUGUUUGACCUCCUAGUGUCCAACCAAGCUGACCUCACACUGAUGGAUACAUAUGGUGACAGUUUACUUCAUCUUGCCUGUGGUGGUGGUGGGAACACUGCUAUAGUAAAACAUGUCCUGUCUCCAUCUAACAUCAACAGUACAGGCAGAUAUGGAUGGACAGCAGCAAUGAAGGCAGCUGUCAAUGGACAUCAAAGUGUGUUUGACCUCCUUAUGUCCAACCAAGCUGACCUCACACUGGUGGAUACAGAUGGUGAUAGUUUACUUCAUUUUGCCAGUAAGGGUGGGAACACUGCUAUUGUAAAACAUGUCCUGACAACUUCUAACAUCAACAGUAGAGGGGAGUAUGGAUGGACAGCAGCAAUGAAUGCAGCUGACUAUGGACAUCAAAGUGUGUUUGACCUCCUAGUGUCCAACCAAGCUGACCUCACACUGAUGGAUACAUAUGGUGACAGUUUACUUCAUCUUGCCUGUCGUGGUGGGAACACUGCUAUAGUACAACAUGUCCUGUCUCCAUCUAACAUCAACAGUAGAGGCACACAUGGAUGGACAGCAGUGAUGCAGGCAGCUGUCACUGGACAUCAAAGUGUGUUUGACCUCCUAGUGUCCAACCAAGCUGACCUCACACUGGUGGAUACAGAUGGUAAUAGUUUACUUCAUCUUGCCUGUCAGGGUGGGAACACUGCUAUAGUACAACAUGUCCUGUCUCCAUCUAACAUCAACAGCAGAGGGAUGCAUGGACAUACACCAGUAAUGAUGGCAGCUGUCAGUGGACAUCAAAGUGUGUUUGACCUCCUAGUGUCCAACCAAGCUGACCUCACACUGAUGGAUACAUAUGGUGACAGUUUACUUCAUCUUGCCUGUGGUGGUGGUGGGAACACUGCUAUAGUAAAACAUGUCCUGUCUCCAUCUAACAUCAACAGUACAGGCAGAUAUGGAUGGACAGCAGCAAUGAAGGCAGCUGUCAAUGGACAUCAAAGUGUGUUUGACCUCCUUAUGUCCAACCAAGCUGACCUCACACUGGUGGAUACAGAUGGUGAUAGUUUACUUCAUUUUGCCAGUAAGGGUGGGAACACUGCUAUUGUAAAACAUGUCCUGACAACUUCUAACAUCAACAGUAGAGGGGAGUAUGGAUGGACAGCAGCAAUGAAUGCAGCUGACUAUGGACAUCAAAGUGUGUUUGACCUCCUAGUGUCCAACCAAGCUGACCUCACACUGAUGGAUACAUAUGGUGACAGUUUACUUCAUCUUGCCUGUCGUGGUGGGAACACUGCUAUAGUACAACAUGUCCUGUCUCCAUCUAACAUCAACAGUAGAGGCACACAUGGAUGGACAGCAGUGAUGCAGGCAGCUGUCACUGGACAUCAAAGUGUGUUUGACCUCCUAGUGUCCAACCAAGCUGACCUCACACUGGUGGAUACAGAUGGUGAUAGUUUACUUCAUCUUGCCUGUCAGGGUGGGAACACUGCUAUAGUACAACAUGUCCUGUCUCCAUCUAACAUCAACAGCAGAGGGAGUGAAGGAUACACACCUGUGAUGAAAGCUGUAUUCCAUGGACAUCAAGAUGUUGUUGACCUCCUUGUGCAGCACAAAGCUGACCUCACACUUCUAACAGACAGUAAUGAGGACAUUGAAUGUGUAGCUCAGAUGGGAGGACAUAUUUCAACAGUAUUGCUUAACAAUUGUGAAGUGGUUGUCAACAUUUGAACCUGUUGCCUACAUAUGCAGGUGAGCUACAGUGCUGAGGCACCAUAUUAACAGUUAAGUCAGUUUUCUCAAAUUUUCUCUGAGAGAAAAUUAUUUUUCCAUUAUUUAAUCUGAAUAUAUAAUAUGAGAGCGAGGCGGAGCUUUUCGUCUUGAAAAGACAGGAAUAUCUGUGAAAUGAUGAUUUUACAAACUUCCCAUCUUUUUCUGACACGAAGAGCUAACACUGACCAUCCAUGUAUUGCCACUCAGCUUGCAGUGUAGAAAUGUCCUAAUUUUGCUCUAGAGAAGUUUGUACAAAUAUUAUGAUUGUAAAUAUUGGCUCAGUUUGUAAUAAAAUUCAAUCAUCCUUGUA